AGGGUCCCCACGCAGACUAGCGGCAUAGUGAUAGCUGCACAGAGAAGCCGAUCAAAGUCAAUCUCCAUAUCAAUACACAUUCAGCCCGAACACGCCAAAAGCCUUUAGCCGGUUUUGCGCGCAUCCGAUCUGGUGUGCGCGGCGCGUACGACACGACGUAGACGCGACGUAGACGAGACGGACGACAUACGUAGCAGCAAAGGCCGAUCAACAACCGAACUCGGAGAAGAGAAAUGGAUAGCCGCUAGCGCAUUUUCACCCCCCAUCGUCGCCACACACAUACGUCGCAACCAACCCAACCAACACACACGAAUCCCCAGUCGCUAGUCCAUUGCUUCCGUAGACGUCGUCUAUUCUGUGACCGCAAUCGAUAAUCGUGAUCGAUAGCUGCUGAAAUCGAUCGAUAUCCACAUCGAUGACACGACUAUUCAUCUUACCGGCGAUAUUUGCUAUAUCAUCACUAUCGCUAUGGUAUAUGAUAUGUUCAGCACCCGGAUGGGAGAGUGAAACCGCAUUCGAGCUCCCAAAACAGUUCGAUAAUUUCACUGCAUUAGCGGAUCGGUUUCGACAUUACAAAGAUGAGCAUUUCGUCUACAUUACGACAUUAUUUGUAUGUGCCUAUUUGUAUAAGCAAACGUUCGCCAUACCUGGAUCUUUCUUUUUGAAUGUCAUUGCUGGUGCUGUGUACGAUUUUUGGUGCGGAUUCUUUUUAUGUUGUGUGCUGACAACAGGCGGGUCAACGCUUUGCUAUCUAUUUUCUGAACAAUUUGGACGUGAAUAUGUUAUGUACUAUUUUGGACAAAAACUCACUUAUUUGCAACAAAAGGUAGACGACAACUCGAACCGACUGAUGCCAUUUUUGCUUUUCGCUAGAAUAUUUCCAAUUUCUCCCUCCUGGCUACUGAACAUAGUUGCACCCUUCCUCAACAUACCGCUGAGGAUAUUCGUCAUAUCAGCUUUUAUAGGACUAGCACCAUAUAACUUCAUCUGCGUGCAAGCAGGAUACAUUCUAUCUGAACUCCGAUCAUGGGAUGACAUCUUCAGCACAUCUACUAUGAUGAAGCUGUUCUCCAUAGCUUUAUUACCGCUUGCAUAUGCCAUCUACGUUCGACCGAGGGCGCAAAAACAUCAACUGAUAGCAAGCGAACCGGAACCUGAACCGAAAAAGAUGGAAAUAGUCUAGCCAAAUACUUUCGCUACUCGAUUACGAUUCGAUCCACACUCUACCCGGUCCAUGUCUUCUAUAAUGUAUAAUCUUGUACCAUAUCAAAUGUGCUCUAAUUAUUAUGACCACUUUACCCUUGAGUGAUAACUGUGCCACAAAGCAUAGGCACUCAACUUAGUAAUCAAUUAGGAUUUCACUUAACGACCCCAGUGCGUUCUCUCUUGGUGCUCAUUACAAGUGAAAUUGUGUCUCAGCCUUUUUCAUUCACUUAUUUCUAGGUUAUAGGGAGUUACAUAGUAUUUUAUUAUAUUGCGAGAUGUAUAAUAUUGUAUUUUGUUGAAUCAGUUGAGAGCUAAGACGAGUUUGGGUAUUUUGCUUGUUUUGUGAUCGAAAUAAGAAUUCUGAAU